AUGGACAUUUCGCGCACUCCACAUGCUGUUGCCCCCGAGAAGAUGCAGGCGAUGCUGUGUACGGCUUCAUCAUAUGGCAUCCGCUACACGCAAGGGCUUCAUGAGGUCCUAGCUGCCUUUCUCCUGGCACAGGGAGGAGCCACAGAUGAUGAGGUGUUCGCCAUGUUCGUUGUCUUCGUUCGGACCCAUGCUCCGUUCUUCCAUACCGAGGACCUUUUGGAGCCGCUACAGCCAGUGCUCAGCCUGCUGGAUCGCCUCGUCUACUUUCAUCGUCCGGACAUGCAGAGGCAUUUGGUGCAGAGCCGCGUGACGCCUGAUGUGUACGCGUUGCACUGGUUCUUGACGGUGUUCGCACACAGCUCUUCUGAUACGAGGAUGACAUUGAAGCUUUGGGACAAGCUGCUGCGAAGAGGUUGUUCCCCGGCUGCGCUGAGGUCACCGAGGAGAUCAAAGCAGCUUCGAAGGAGGCGUGUACUGUCCAAUGAGAAGCACCAGUGGCCCAAUGGUGCGACUUGCUGCCAUCAGACCCACCUACCUGCCAUUUGA